AUGAGUGCGGAGACCUUUAUAUUAUUUGAGGCAGCUCCUGGCCUGCUCCUUUUGCGGGUUAAGGAAUGGGAUUCAAUAGCACAAGAUACGGACGCAGUGCAGGAAGCUUGUGCUGAUGCCCAGCGCUUUAAACAGUUGGUUUCUUGCGAGGCAUUCUAUCCAUUCGCCGAUGCAGCAGAGGCCUUAGAAACGCUGGUGGGGGUAGCAAGCGGCACAGUGCCGCCUUGCAUGCAGAAGUUCUUGGAGUUGCACAUGCCUGCUGCAGCACGACAAGGCAGCAGCGGCAAAAGCAAGAAAAAGCAGCUUGCCGGGGUGGGGGAGGAGGUAACUGCCUGUGCCUUGGGUGUAUGCGAUCCUACCUUAGGAAAGGCCCUAAGUAACUUAGGGUACAGCGUGGUGUAUAGUCCUGCUAUGCUAGAAAUGCAUAGAGGCGUACGCAUGCAUAUGAAGGCUCUUGCAAAGCCUUUAAAGUCGCUUCCUCUGAACAAGUUUCAAGUUGGUCUUGGCCACAGCUACAGCCGUCACUUAAUGCAACUUGAUCCGCGCAUGCAAGAUAAGCCUAUUAUGCAAUCUGUUGCUCUUAUUGAUUCCCUUGACAAAACUAUCAACUCCUUUUCUAUGAAGCUUAAAGAAUGGUACGGAUGGCACUUCCCGGAGCUCGUCAAGAUCGUAUCCGAUACAGAGGCUUACGCCAAGACGCUUCUUGUUGUAAAACAGAAGGAAGAAUUCGACGAAGAGGAGGGCCGAGAGGCGCUGCUUGAAGCUGUAGGCAACAGCGAAGAAAUUGCUGCACAGGUACUAAGUGCUAUGAAGCACUCGAUGGGGCAGGAGAUUUCCUCUGAAGACUUCGAAAAUAUUCACGAGUUUGCCAAGCAGGUGCUAAAUCUAUGCGAGCAGCGGCGCUCGCUGCAAGAGUAUUUAAGCGCUAAGAUGGAUCUCGUCUCUCCAAAUCUAAAGGCAGUGGUCGGAGACGUUUUAGGUGCUCGCCUGAUUUCCCAUGCUGGUGCUCUCGUCUCUCUUGCAAAAUACCCCGCCUCCACGAUACAAAUUUUAGGAGCAGAAAAGGCGUUGUUCCGAGCUUUGAAGUCGCGCAGUGGUCGUACACCUAAAUAUGGCUUACUGUUCCAUUCCUCUUUCAUUGGAAGAGUGCAGCAGCAGAAGCACAGGGGAAGAAUGAGCAGAUAUUUGGCCUCAAAAUGUGCUCUCGCUGCCCGCAUUGAUGCCUUCGGCGACGAAGCAGAUAAGGCAGACAGCGGCUUCCAGCGGCAGCACAUCUUUGGAGAUAAACUCAGAGAACAACUCGAAGAAAGACUUAAGUAUUUGGCUGACGGCGUUGUGCCUCGCAAGAAUUUGGACGUCAUGAGGGAGGCUGCAGCAGAAGUGGAGGUGCAGCGUGCUGCUGAGGCAAAGGCGCUUAGGAAGGCAAAGAAGAAGAAGGCGAAGGCAGAAGCAGCAGCAGCUGCUGCAGCUGCAGCAGCGGCAGAAGCAGAGGGGGAGACAGCAGCAGCAGCAGAGGAUGAAGAGGAGGCUGCGGAGGAACAGGAGAAGCCAAAGAAGAAGAAGAAGAAAAGACAUGCUGAAUAUGAGGGAGAAGAAGACGUAGCAGAAGCUGCUUCUGUUGUGACGGCAGGAAAGAAGAAGAAACACAAGAUAGAAGUAGCUGCCUGA